CACAAAUGUACGCCUGAUGAUUAUGUUUUCAUAAUUGUCAACUGUCUACAUAACGUAAACGAACUAUUUGCACAUCCAAAUCCUAUUACACAACAUUUCGAGGAGCUGUAUAAUAUACGAAGCCCCAUUGUCUGAGAGUGAUGUCGUAUCGUCAUAGAGCAGUGUUGGUUAUUGGAAUGAACGCAUCAGGGGCUCGUCUUAGGGUAAUGGGAGUACAGGAGUACUUGUUCGUUUUACAGAGGGAUAUUUAUUCGCAAUAUGUAAAAUCAAAAAACCAGUCAAAUGGAUUGUACUUUUCCAAAAUUAUUAUAAUGUUACUAUGUGCAAAAAGCCUUAAUUCUGACUAACAAUAAAUGUGUUGAGACCAAUAAAGCGAAC